GCGGUGCUCAAGCCUCAUGAUUCAACUCCUUAAAAAGUUAUAACCUUGCUUACUUAAGUUAUUUGGGGGUUUCAAGUUUUAAGUUGGUCACAUCGCAUGUGGAUCUGCACAUUCAACCUACCGGAGAAGCUUCAAAUAGUAACAUUUAAUAUAUAUGAAAUCACACACACACACACACACAUGUAUAUAUAGUAAUUUACUAGUUUUUUUUUCGAGUAUAGUACUUUCAUGAUAGCUAGGCUUUAUGACAUUGAAAUAUUUCUACCGCCUUUUUAUCCCAUCUGUACUGGAGAUGGAGUUGAAGUAAACUAAACGAAUCCUACCAAGUGUAUCGUGAGUCGUAUGGUAUAGUACAAGAAGGGUUAGAUGUAGUAGGGUAAGGGUCAGAUGUAUGCAAAACUUGACCUCUAUAUGACUACCUCCAGGAUAAGAAAAAAAUAGAAAGAUGCAUAUGAAUAACAUGUAAAAUUUAAAGGUGAGAACCAGUAACUAUCAAGCAGUAAAAAAUUAGCCCGACUUGUUUGGAAAAUGUCAGGUUUCAAUUUUUUGAAUUUCUUUAAGCUCGUACCAUGUGUUUAUUCUCGGAGAGUGUCGCAUGAUCUACAAUAAUUAUGUAUUUUGGUUGUUAAUUUUCUUAAUCUAGAAAGUUGAGGGUGCGUGAAUUACUUAACAUACCACGUAUUGAGUGUGGGGUACCAGGGGCACAUGGGUUGCUCCACGCUGUGACCCUGUAUUUAGAGCAUGGGAUGGCAAAAGUGACAUAUAUUAUGAAUUUUGGCUUUUUGUUUAAGCAAAAAACAUAUCGUUGCAUAAAAGGAUUUUGAUAUAUUUGUGAUCAUAUAUAUAGAUAUAUAUUGUUCAGUUAUUAGUUCUUACUUAUAUUUGUACUAUGUUGUUUGUAUCGUGUUAGUGUCUAAACCUCCUACUGUUCAUACUUGGAUGAAGUUUCUCCUCAAAUCUUUUUAUUUUGCGUUGAGUUUUCAGUUUUGCUAAUAGAUAUCAUUCCGUACUACAAGAUGAAAUGUAUGACUAUUGUAAUAUGUGUGUGUGUGUGUGUGUGUGUGUGUGUGUGUGUUGUGCCCCUCACCAUAUUUGUAAAAUUCUUGAAUCUCUGCACUAGGCACCUACACUCUUAUCUUUGUUUUUUUCUUAAGAAAUAUUGAUUUACUUAGGUACAUGUUAUCCUAAUUAUCUAUACUGCAGGAGUAUAUCUUUCUGUGAGCAUUUGAGGUUCUGAUUUUGGCCUUAACCUUAUUGAUUUUUAAAUCCAACUCCAGUUGUCAGAUCAUCAAUAUCGCUCAAACCACGGCAGAAACUAAUAAGGGUCAAUUGAUUGGUAGACCACUAAAUACGGUAAAAGGAUUUAGAAUACUAUCUUUAAAGCACCAUGUGAGCUCUAUUGUUAAUUUUGUUGGAUGUUUUUCUACUAUACUUCAUUAUUAAUAUAAUAUGCCGUGUCCCUGUACCCAAAAAAUACGAGGACAUGCAUGUCUGUGUCCCCAAUUCUGAGAUUAUCCGAUUCUUCAACAGACCAUACCCUAUCUGAAGUAACAUGGAAUUUAGAUCCAUGUUUUACAUCUUACUUAUAAAUUUUUUUAUGUGUGUUUCCUUAAGAAAAGAGAUCAAAAUGAAAUGUCUGGACUCCUCAUAUAUCAUUGAUUGACCAUUUACAAGCUUUUAUGGAUUCGAACUAGCUACUAUGAUGAAACCGGUAACCAUGACGGUCUUGUUAAUUGUUUUGUUGAGGCUAGCUCCAAUGAAGAAGACUCAUAGGGUUCUUAGCAAUUGCUAGUCUUUGUUGAUGUCUAGGAAAACCCGGUUAGAAUGUCAACUAAUAUAUUAUAAUGACUCAGGAGUUGGGACCUGUUUGUGCAACACACAUUUAAGUUAAAAUUACCUUCGAAUUUACAAUCAACUUAUCAUCCUCAAUAGAGGUUGUCCCAGGUCCAAAACAGAAACCCAGAAGACUCUUUUUACUAUGUUAAAAGGUGUUUAAAAAAAACGAAUUUGGCUUAAAUCAUUUAAGAUAAAUGAAGGGUGAAAUGAAAUAUAUUCUAGAUAUAGGACAACAGUGAGCAAAUUGAUUCAAAAAGUCACAUACGCCCUUGUCUAUUCUAUAUAAUUUCAUGUGUUUAAGGGUUAUUCCUGUCUUUUAUACUAAAAUCAUUAUUAUGCAUUAAUGUCUUUUCAUCAAUAUAUACUUACUAUACUUAUUAACCUACAAUUAAUUCAACUUUUUUCUAAUGAUUACUUAUUAAACUAAUCUUCUCCAUAAGCACAUAUUAAUACUCAUGUUUACCUUAAUUGAAAUUCACCAGUUCCGUUGAUUUAAAACCCUAAUUACUACGCCAUCUGACAGUUUAUUGAAUGUAUGAUUUUGGUAAGUUUGACAUUCCGCUCGAUUAAUAUAGCAUAUGCAGUUUUGUUACGUAAUCUAUGCCUUAAUUCGAUAUGUGGUCCAUUUUUGGUAUAGGUCCAAACUUAGAAAAAUUAUUUCCAAAUAUCCCUUUUGCAUACAUAGUGUGAUAUACUCUUUACUACUGAUGCUUGACAUCUCAAUUCUAUCUUCCCUGCAGAAUAGUUCUAAAUAUGAUUUUAGUGACCCCACACACAUACCUACGUGUGCGUAAUUGUGUGUACUAAAUUUCAGCUUGUGUACUAAGCCACAAUUUAAAUCUUUGCAGUUCUUUUUAAGUUAUGUAUUUUCAUUAUGUUAGCCACAAGAUGAUACGAUUCUUCUCUGUCAUAUAUACACUACUCAGUCAUAUAUACACUACUCAGACCCAUCUUUAACCCCAUGCGGUCAUGCAACGGCAUGGGGCCUGCUGAAAGAGGGGGCCCAAAAAAAUCCAAUUACAUAUAUAUGUUUAUGAUAUUAUAUAAUCUUAUCUAUAUCUAUGUAAUCUCAGCACACCACUACUCCACAAACACGCUGAAAGUCUCUGUUUUUUUCGUUAUUUAUUGGGCACCGGGGCAAAGGCAGUAAAGAUCAAGAUUACAACCCUCUAAGUGCAAAUCAAAAAGUGCCAACUCAAUUACAACUCAGCCUCCCUUGGAACUCCCUUCGAACUUGAGCCAGUCCUGAACAAAUACUUUGAGCUAAAAGUGAUGUCAUCGGAUAGAAUGGAAAGUAUACAAGGUUUAAACUUGCGCUAUAUGGUUUGUCAGUUUAAUACUCAUCAAAUGGAAGCACCCGAGCAGGAUGUCCAUGUUAGUUUCACGGCCCCAACCCAUGGAGAUGGUCCUAUUGUCCCUAUUGAUACUGAAAAGUUAUUAAUUGAGAAGCAGCAGUGUCAAGCGGAGUUACCUGCUCAGGUUGCAUCAACUAGUUCCAUGCCCCCAAUCAACAGAGAUGUUAAUCAUGAAAAUGGAGUUGUGAAUGUCGCUGGUGCUACUGGAGAAUUGUUAGCCAGGAAGCGCAAAAAUCAAGUGGAAGUACCUUCUCAGGACGCAUAUGAUCAUGCAAAUGGAGUUGCAUAUGUGUCUGGUGCUAUUGUCCCUGCUGAUACUGAAAAUAUGUUAUUUGAGAAGCAGCGGCGUCAAGCGGCUUUGCCUCCUCAGGAUGCAACAAUUGGUUUCACUGCCCCAAUCACCAGAGUUAAUCAUGCAUAUGGAGUUGCGGAUGUUGCUGGGGUAACUGUCCCAGCCAGCACUGAAAACUUAUUAUAUAGGUACUGCAGGCAUCGAGUCGAAGAACCUGCUCAGGACGCCUGUACUGGUUUCACAGCCCCAAUCAGCAGAGAUGUUAAUCAUGCAACUGGAGUUGCGGAGGUCGCUGGUGCUAGUGCUGAUAUUGAGAAGUUACCAUUUGAGAAGCACAGGCAGUACUGGGAAUUUGCUGAAUCUUUUGAAGCCUUUAAAAAAAUGCCCCAGAAUCCGCAUUUUCGUCCUCUGAAAUUCUGCAAGGAGAUUCUCAGUGAGGGGCAAGCUCUUGCUAGAAUGGUUACUUAUAAUAACAUAGUUAGAAAAAUUUCAAACUUUAAUAUGGAUACAAAAGGAGAAGAAAUGAUGGAUGAGUUGUCACUUCUCGAGGAUUUGGAUGCACAUGGAUUUAAAGUCCAAAUGCUAAAAGAUCGGUUGAACAAGUUAUUAAUAUUUAAGAGCGAGGAGGAAAAGUUAAAGAACAUGUUAGAACGGAGGGAAAUGGUGCUCUCUGUACAUGUUGAGGAGAGUCGUAUAUUUAAAGGGACAAGAGCUAAAGGAGAAGCUAGGGUGCAGGAAUUGUGGAAAGAAGUUGCGUCUAUUCAAAAGGAGGAGGAAUAUAUACAUACUAAAAAAGCGAAUCUGCAGCUGGUAGAGGACGCUAAUAGUGAAAAAUGUGGAAGGAUUAAUAUGCAGAUCAAAGAACAUAUUGCUUCUCCGUUGUGGUAGAUAGUUUUUAGUUAACCUUGUUUUUUUGUUUUUCGUUUUUGUCAGACUAUAUCAUAUGUUGGCAAGACUUAUAUCGAAUUAUUAUAUUAAUACAAUAUCUCGAGAUAUUUUGACUUUUCUUAUUAUUA